ACUCAGAGUCAUGUCACCUACAGAAGUUUUCUGAUGACUCUGCAGUUGUUGGGUGUAUAAGGGGUGACAGGAGGUAGAGUACACAGCGCUAGUGGACAACUUUGUGGAGUGGUCUGGUAAGAAUCACCUGCUGCUGAAUGUGGAUAAGACCAGAGAGAUGGUGACUGACUUCAGGAGGAAGGGAAUGGCUCCGCAGCCCCUUGGUAUUCUGGGUGGAGAUGAGGACAUGGUUGAGGAUGUCAACAUUGACAGCAGGCUGAACUGGAAAAUCAACAGCACUGCUGUUUACAAGAAGGGGAUGAACAGACUCUAUUUCCUGAGGAAGCUGAGAUCCUUCAACGUGUGCAGCCGAAUGUUGGAGAUGUUCUACCAGUCUGUUGUGGCCAGCGCUCCGUUCUCCUCCACCAUCUGCUGGGGCAGCAGCAUCGGAGCCAGCGACACAAACAGAUUGAACUGAUCAGGAAGGCUGGCUCCGUUAUUGGCUGCAAACAGGACACAUUUGAAGCUGUGGUGGAGAGGUCACUGAACAAACUGUUAUCUAUCAUGGAUAACCCCAACCACUCAGUCCACCCCACACUGGUCCAACAGAGGAGCACCUUCUCUAAGAGGCUCCGACAGCUUCGAUGUUGCACGGACCGCUACAGGAAAUCAUUCCCACCACAGGCAAUUAAACUUUUUAACACUUCAUCACUGAGUGUGAGGGUCGUGUGAGGCAGCAACCAAUCACAGCGCACAAUGGGCGAACAUUUUCCAAUUCACCUCACCUGCCUGUUAUUGGACUGUGCUAGGAAACUACAGCACCUGAAGGAAAUCUGGGCCAAGAAGUAGUCUAAAAAUAGAAGAAGAAGAACUCACACGUCUACCAGUGGGUGGCGGUAAUAAACAUUAAAUGUCGACAACAUCCUGAAGUGCAACGAAGAAGACCAACACCCAGGUAGUCAGGGCUUGGAUAGAAGUAGGCUUUGUAUUUCGGUCACUGCGGGUAAACAAGGUUCCAGCAGUUCUAGUGAGCCGUCUGUACACAAUUACAGGAAACCCCUUGCAGCUGCACAUUAGCAUUAUCAGACUUUAUAAUAUUAAAGCUUCGCUCUGAUGUCAGGAGAAAACUUUUAGGAGGACUGUAGCCAGUACCUCUAACAGGGCAGUCCAGAUCUUUUUUUUUGUUGUUGUUCACCACUGGAGACAAAUGGUUUUUAGCCAUGGAUCAAGGUGUUGUGGACAGUCCUGCAGUUACCCUUGUCAUCAGGGCACCCAACCAGAUGUACGAUGACCAGACUAUCAACUGUUGCCAGAAUUGGACUGUGAAGAAACUUAAAGCACACCUGUCAGAUGUAUACCCAUGCAAACCAAGCUCCAAAGACCAGAGGCUGGUGUAUUCUGGGAAGCUGCUUUUGGAUCACUUUACCUUAAAAGAUGUGCUCAGAAAGCAGGAUGAGUACCAUAUGCUCCAUCUGGUGUGCGCCUCACGAACCCCUCCCAGCUCGCCGAAGCCCCCCUGCAGCCGCAGUAACAAGCCUCAGGAGAACUCAGUCGGUCCCACGCUCCUUCAAAACUCUACUAGUCCUUCCACUGGUCAACAUAGCCAGUCAUCUACAGGAGAGAGCAGUGAUGGACUCAGACAGCGAUCUGGACCCUUCCCUUACCACCAGAUGUAUCCACAAUUUAUGGUACACAGCUGGAAUCAGUACUCUCCACAGUCAACUCCUCUCACAAACAUGCCCGCCUAUUACAACCCCAUGACACUGAUGUGGUGGCAGCAGUUGUAUGCCCGGCAAUGUUACAUGCAUUAUCAGUUACUGGCUGCCUCCUCUCAACACCUCAGGCCAGACCAGCCCUCGACUCACUCUAACCAGCCCGACCCUCUGACCCAGCAACCUCAGGCGGAUCGGGGCCGUGGCAACCAGGAAGUCCAGAUGAACGCCCAGGGAGGGGAGAUCAUGAACGAGGAGGAGCUGAACCGGGAUUGGCUGGACUGGGUGUACACAUUUUCACGUGCUGCGAUCCUACUCAGUAUAGUCUACUUCUACUCCUCCUUCAGCCGGUUUGUCAUGGUGAUGAUGGCCAUGCUAGUGCUUUACCUGCAUCAGGCCGGCUGGUUUCCCUUCAACCUGGAGAAUGAACUCCCUGGAGACAGAGCCAAUCAGGACGAUAUGGAGGGAGAGCUACAAAACCACGACUUACAGGAAAUGGAAGGAGUGAUGGAUGACGGCUCGGACGAUGAUGGGGAAAGUGGAGAGGAAGGAGCAGAGGAUCCAAACAGCGCCCCCCACACAGGCUUCCUGUCCUCCACGUGGUCGUUCAUCAUAACCUUCUUCAUGUCACUCAUCCCAGAGGGACCGCCAAACGCUGCUAACUGAACCACGAGCCGCCACAGGAGCACAUUCUUAAGAAGACGAGUAUCCUACCUGCUUAGGGAAACUGUUUUCUGUUGGCAGUACAGUGUUGUAGUUUCCCAAUAGUGUACUUUACUACAUAUGUAAGACUCUGAGCCAAAACACAAAUGACUGAUUUAACCCAAAAAGUGGUCACUUCAUGGAGUUUUUGUUUUUUUGUCUGCACAAAGAAAAACAUUUUGAAUAGUCCAAUGACACAAAGAUUAGUUUAAAUGCUAUAUACAAGGAUUGGUAGGGAUGCCUCAUAAACAUAGUCAAAAUAAUAAGUGUCUGUCAAUGCAUUCUGUAAUUUUUAAAAUUGGGACAGAAGGCAUAUCUAUAAAGGAAAUUACUGACGGCACUUCUUGUUUUUAACAACCUGAAUCUCUUUUUCCUUUGUGAGAAGCUGCAAUAUUUGUUAGUUUUGUUAGAAUUGUUAUGCUUUUUUGUAAUGGUGGUUGUAUCCAAACAAGACAUUUUUUUUUAGUAAGGGCCACUUCAGUCCAAAAGCUAAACUUCGGAGAAUAAUCCUGAAUCAUGCAGCAUCUGUGAUAAUUUAGUGAUUUGGGCCUGAAAGCUCAUAAAAUGUGUCUGAACACAUUUGUGUACUGUGUUGAAGUGUAUCUCAGAGUGAUGUUGGCUACAGAAGUAUGAUUUGUACUAGUGAAACAAUGUACCACUAAUUAUCUGACAGCCUGAAAGAACUGAGAGAAUUGGAAGAAUUAAUCUUCCAGAAUGAAUGGAAUAUCAAACAGGACGGUUGUUGUUGUUGGGAUUUAAGUCAUGUGGCACUGAGUGGAGAAGAGACACUUUCAAAUGUUUUACUGUUGAAUAAAGCACUGCCACAAUUCAGAGUUCAUGUAGGAAUAGGACAAAGCUACACCUCUUGAGUGUGUGAAAAUGGCUACUGUUGUAUCUUUAACAUGUAUACCAUAAUAAUCGUGUUUAUUAAAAAGGUCCCAUGGCAUAAAAAUGUCA